UAUUUUACAAAAAGGAAAUUGCAAAAUUUGAAAUUUACAUGAAGAAUGAUGGUCAUUGCUUUAUUACUGCUAGUGCUUGGGACACAAGAAAUUGUAGGAAACAAUCCAAUUCAAAGAACCACAAACUGGAAGCUGUUCAGAGAUGAUUACCUCUCAGCGAUUCAGACUUGCUUCACAUUAGGAUUUGUCAAAGAGCAAAGGAGAGGCGGCUUAAAAACGAAAGAACCAGUUGCAUUUGAAGCAAGCCUUGGCUCUUCACUGAGGAACAUGAAAAUGGGUCAGAGAGUAAUUUUCUCCACAUUAGGUGAAAACAAUGGCAACGGAUAUGACGCAAGCUCUGGUGUCUUCACUGCUCCCGGAAGUGGCGUUUAUAUUUUCGUUUGGAGUAUAGUGUCAACAGAAACACGUUUUUCCUCCACGGCUUUAAUUGUCAAUGGAAAGCAGAGGGCUGUUAACCAGUGUAAUUCAAAGAAGGCAAAUAAUGACUCUUGUACACGUACGACUGUGGUAAAACUAGCGGUCGGUGAAAAAGUCUGGAUUGAAUCUGUACAAGACAACUCAGCUAUUGAUGAUUAUAAAAGUUCAUCUUUUGCCGGAUUCAGACUGUAACGUUUUAUAAGACACCUCUAC